CCUCCUCUCUUGAAUCACAACGCACCAUUUCCUGGCCAAGGGACUUUUUCCUUCCAGUGCUGUUUCAACAUCUCUUUUCUCCCUCAUGUCCACAGCCAAUAAAAAGAGACACAUCCCUCUGUGCCUGCAGAAUGAAGACUCAGGGAGUUCGAGCCAGACCCAGGUCACUGUCAUGCUUCUUGCUUGGAGAUUUUAACUGAAGGCCUCACAGGAUGUUCAGGCUGGCUGCGUUCCUCUGUGCUCUGUGUGCUGUCUCGUGGGGGUUUUUCUGCCUUCACAUUGUCACCCCAGGCAAGUGGGGCGGCCGGCCCGCCAACUGCUCAUCGCCUCUCAAGUCAGUGCAGCCUGGAUACGUCAUUGUGCUCCACACGGCCGGCGGCAGCUGCAAAACGCGUGCGGAAUGCAACCAGCAGAUGACGAAUAUCCAGCAUUACCACAUGAACAACAAGGGCUGGUGCAACAUUGCCUACAACUUCCUGAUUGGUGAGGAUGGAAAGGUGUAUGAAGGCAGAGGCUGGCAUACAGAAGGUGCUCACACUUAUGGUUUCAACGAUAUCUCUCUAGGCAUUGCCUUUAUAGGCGACUUUACAGGAAGGUCUCCCAACGCUGCGGCCUGGAAAGCUUUGAAGCACCUGCUCCACUUCGCCGUUGAGAAUGGCUACUUGUCUUCUAAUUACCUCCUCAUGGCCCACGGGGACGUCAGCAACACCCUUUCUCCUGGGCAGCACAUCCGUAAAACCCUCAAGAAGUGGCCGCAUUAUAAACACUGAGCGCCACCAGCCUGGUGAAUGACGCGCGCGGCUCUUGAAAGCCGAGGAUGCUGGCCAAGGGAGCCGGCUCUGCUCAUGUGCUUAGUAUAUAGAGAGAUAUAUUUUGACUCCUAAAUGUUGCAGGUUGGAUUCUCAGCCCCAGUUCUGUCUGCUGGGCAAUGCACGGGGGAAGCAAUCUGGCUGCAUCUAGCCAGUUGAGAAUUCCCCCGUUGAAAUUCUGAGCUGGACUCAGACCAACAGAGCAAAUUCUUGUGCCGAUUGCCCAAACACCUACACCCCAUGAUUUCAAUGGGUUUUAGGCACCUUGUUGCUUUUGAAAAUUCUCCUAGGUACCUAAAUACUUUAAAAAAUCUGGCCCUUAGAGACCAUAGCCAGCUGUGGUUAAUUAGAGCAGCCCCUAGACUGCUCUAAUUUAUGUCAAGGCUGGGUCUGGGGCAGCAUGAGAAUUCAAGGGAGAUAACUGGCUCCUGACUGUCCUCUCCACCUUGCACCAGGCAUAUCUUGCUGCAGGGGAGAAUGUGGCCCAUAGCAAUAAUAUUUUUUAUUAUAUUUGGGUGAAAUUCAGUCCUGGGCAGAGGGUUUAUGACUCAUUUAAGGCUCACUUAAACCCUGUGGCCUGAAGACCAGUGGUGAUGCAGGAUCAGGCACUGAGUGUUUCCAGCUUUCCUCGUCUGUUUAAUUACAAAGCUGAGAAAUCGGCAAAACAAACUUGGCGUAAUUGAGGACGCGGGCUAGCCAGGAAAAACCAUGUGACAGACAAGCUCCUCUUGCUUUACACCUCAGCUGAUGAGCUCACAGAAAUUUGUGAACGGUUAAUUAAUCCUACACGCUUGCUGGGAUGUAGGUCUACUUUACAGAGAAGUAAACUCAGGGUCACUGACUUUCUUAAGAUUACACAGCCAACAAAUGAAAGAGGCAAGAAUAGAACCAGGGAGUCCUAACUCCCCGUCCGUUCUCUAACCCCUAGUCUGCACUUUCCUUCCAGAGCUAGGAGUAGAACCCAGGAGUCCUGACUAUCAGCCCCGCCCCCUCCUCUAAUCUCUAGAUUCCACUGAAAUUCAGCGCUGUGCAUUUUCUUAUCAGAUCCACUGGGCUAGAAGUGUGGACUCAGGGAUGGACGCAUUGCUGAGCUGAGGUCUUUGUGUGCUCUGUCUGGGAUGGGGCAGGUACAAUAUACUUGCAGCCCACGAAAGGGAGCCCAGAGCCAAGUCUAUAAAGAAUUGUAAAUAAAGGGACAGAGUCUGUGUUCGAACCACG